AUGCCGCGAGACGAGACCGACCUCGUCAGCCGCCUGCAUUCAGAUGCCCUCGAGACGCCCACCUCGCUGAACCGACGACUCGGUGUCUCCAAGACCAGCCACGCGCGUGUGAAUCCCGAUCUCAGCUCGUCCGACUCCGACGCCGAACCGUCCUCGCAGCAGAACCGCGGCCGCAAGUCGACACACCUUCGCUCCAUGAGCAACCCGUUUCCGUCGCUCUUUAGCGGUCGCAAGAGGCAGGGCUCGACCUCUAAGCCUCCCGUCGAGAUGGACAGGCCCGUCGUUGGCCCUGCUGCGGUCAACAGGCAGGUCAAGACGCACAGGCGAGGAAGCCCGUCGAGGAGCAGGGAUUUCGCUACUGGGCACUGCAUGACGUGUGCCUCGCUCGUCAGGUGGCCGAAGGAGUUGAAGACGUUCAAGUGUACCAUCUGCAUGACCAUCAACGACUUGGUUCCAACAAGUGUGGAGAGCCAAGGGUCCAGACAGCGCCAUGACACAAGCCCAGGCCCUUCAAUCCUUACUCUACCCAUCUCUCUCGACCAGACCAGACAUCUCGUCCGGCAAAGUUUACGGUCAUAUGUCCUCAGAAGGCUCGGCAACAUGUCAUCAGAGACUCGAACGGAGCGGACUGGUGACGACUGGCCCUUGCCUCAAGACCGACUGCACCCUAACCUUGCUGUGCGGACUCGUGGGCCUCUGGAGAUUACUCCCAACAGAAAGGGCCACGGCACCGGGCAUGCCUUUGAAGAGGAGCCAACAUUGCAUCUCAAUUUAUCAAAUGGCAGUCCUCCAAUCAUUGCAUCGAGGUCGUAUCCAUCGUCCUCUACGGAGCAUCCCGGGCCAAGAAGCCAGCUGCCCAACAACCACAAUCACGCCAGCCCUCGAUCACGAAAUCCGUCUGCCGGCCAGCCUGAUGACCCUAGAAAGAUAUUCAAGCCAUUAGAAGACUACAUCACAAAAUGUUUCAGUAACUUUGAGUGCAUCAAUUCUUCCUUUUCCACGCAACAUCCCCGAUAUGCCUCGAGAUCUGCUAGUGACACUCCUCGACGUCCCUCGGUUCCGUUGAAAGACAUGCGGCAGCCUCCGCAGACAAAGACCGCGCCUCGCAGGCCAUCUCAGCUAGAGGUCGACUCUCCCAUAGUGGACUUGGACCCCCGGAUGUUGAUGUUGGGCGACGUCGCGGAGAACGGGCUGUGGUGGACCGGACAGGAUCCGAUGGCGUCCAAAAAGACUCCCAGCAGGGACAAGGAAGAGCCGGUUCAUGUUCACCGGCCGCAUCCGCUUACCAAGUCGCCGCAGCUGAACUGGGCCGAUAUCGAUGACUGGUACUCGCUCGUGAACAACGCAGCGGAGGGUUGGUUCCAGAUCUUUGAAGAAGUGUCUGACGAUCUUUCACUGGGCGACCUUGCCGAGCAGGAACUCUGCGCGAUCGAGCAGGAUGUGCUCAAAGGGCAGGCUCACACCCAGCGGCUGCUCUUGAAAGUCAGUGAAAACUUGCUCAAGAGACCCGGCCGCCCGCUUCACAAUCCAAUGGAUCUUCGAUUCCUCCUCAUCAUCAUGGAGAACCCGUCCCUACACUCAGAUAGCGAAAGCUUCAGCGGGUUGCUCCAGCCAGAAGUCGGCGGGUCAAUGGGUUCGAAGCCAACGGGAGCGAAGAGUCCUACUGGAAGUUCCGGGCUUCUAUCGGGGCAGCACUCCGGCAUUAUCAAACGAAUCAUGGGCCUGAUCUCGAAUGCGUCGCCAGAGUGUCAAAACCAGAUGAUCACCUGGAUGGCUAGAUACCAUGCCGCGCGUUUCAUCAGAGUGAAGGAGCUGGCCUCUGGAUUCUUGACCUACCGGAUGAUCCGACAAAGCGAGAAGAAGCAGACCGAGCAAACGGUCGAUCCGACAGCUGGGUUGAUUCCGCAGAUGCACGCUGGUCGUUCGGGCGGUGCGUCUCUUCAUGAUGCCAUAGGCGGUCCCAGACCUAGCAAGAAGCCUAAAGAACCGGCCAGGAAGAUAUCCUACGCAGAUGACUGGCAGAUCAAAGCAGCUUCCCGCGUUCUAUCUCUCUUGUUUACUGCCAACAACAUGAUGCCGGCCCGUCGCAGCGACGAUGUUCAUCACCAUGGACAAAUGACCUGGAACGGAACCGCUCGUGCUGGUGGAUACUUUCUGCCGCCCACCGACUUUUACAACUCCAUGAUAGACUACACCGACCUCAUUGACGACUUUGAGUCUUGGGAAUCCAGAAGAAGCAGAUUCUCCUUCUGCCAAUAUCCGUUCCUGUUGAGCAUUUGGGCGAAGACGCACAUACUAGAGCACGACGCUCGUCGGCAAAUGCAAAGCAAAGCCCGAGAUGCCUUUUUCGACAGCAUCAUGACGCGAAGGAACAUUAACCAAUAUCUGGUCCUUGAUGUACGCCGAGACUGCCUGGUCGACGACAGUCUAACGGCAGUGAGCAGCGUCAUCGGCAGUGGUGGGGAGGAUCUGAAGAAGGGCUUGCGCAUCUCGUUCCAGGGUGAGGAGGGUAUCGACGCGGGCGGUCUCCGCAAGGAAUGGUUCCUUCUCCUCAUCCGGGAGGUUUUUAAUCCUGACUACGGAAUGUUUAUAUACGAUGACGACUCGCAAUACUGCUACUUCAACCCCAACUCAUUCGAGCCAUCCGAUCAGUUCUUCUUGGUUGGCGUUGUCAUGGGCUUGGCUAUUUACAAUUCGACUAUUCUGGAUGUUGCGCUGCCCCCUUUUGCCUUUAGAAAGUUGCUCGCUUCAGCUCCUUCUCCUCCGGGAACUAUGGCAGCUCAGCAUCGAUCUCCGAUGAGGUAUACGCUGGAUGAUUUGGCCGAAUACCGUCCACGGCUGGCCAAUGGCUUGAAACAGCUCUUGGCCUUUGAUGGCGACGUUGAAGAGACCUUUUGCUUGGAUUUCGUUAUUGAGACGGACAGAUAUGGGUCCAAAGUGCAGAUGCCUCUCUGCCCGGGAGGCGAGAGCAAGCCCGUGACGAAUGAGAACCGACGGGAAUACGUCGAUCUGUAUGUCAGAUACGUUCUCGACACGGCGGUCAAAAGGCAGUUUGAGCCCUUCAAGAGGGGCUUUUACACCGUCUGCGGCGGCAAUGCCUUUUCCCUUUUUCGGCCUGAAGAGAUUGAGCUUCUUAUCAGGGGUUCUGAUGAGUCGCUAGACAUUGCGUCCCUGAGAGCCGUGGCAGAGUAUGAUAACUGGGAGAGCAAGCAGCCCGACGAGACAGAGCCUGUCGUUGGCUGGUUCUGGGAGACGUUCCAACAGGCCACUCCCCGCGACCAGCGGAAACUGCUGACGUUUGUCACUGGAAGCGACCGCAUACCGGCGAUGGGGGCUGCUUCGCUGACGAUUAAGCUGUCUUGCCUGGGCGAGGACUGUGGGAGGUUUCCCAUUGCCAGGACGUGCUUCAACAUGCUCUCUCUGUGGCGCUACACUUCAAAGGAGAGACUUGAAUCGAUGCUGUGGAGGGCGGUUCAUGAGAGUGAAGGGUUUGGCCUCAAAUGA